AUGGAUAAGGUGUUGAGAUUAGCAAAACCAGUCCUGUGUAGAGCUGCCAAAAAGCUCACUGGUGUCACUAUGGAUCGUGGAGGGACUGUGUUCCCUGAAAAGCAAAAGCAAACAUCUCAGGUUAGGAGUUCGCUGGACUUCGAUGGUGAAGUUACCAUCGAUGGGAUUGUCUACAACAAAUUUCAAGUCCAGCCUUAUGCUGGAAGAAUCCCUUCUUCGAUAAGUUCCUGGCGCGAGAGAAAUGGCGGUACGCAUGCUGUUAUGGGAAGCAUGUACGUGAAGAAGGGUGGGGACGAGUUGGACGUCUCAGAUGCUUGGGAUAAAUUCGUUGAUGAGUUCAAGCAGCAAGGAAAGUGA